AGGAUGAAGCUCCUCGCGCGCGUCUCGCGGCUCAUUUUGCGGCUGAAGCAGAAGAAGGAACGACACUGACGCGGCGGGGCUGCUGUCAUCAUCUUCAUCACCUCCACCAUCUUCCUCAUCAUCGUCCAUCUGUCUGUGGUUGAGCGCCGGUCGCGGAUUCUCUCUCUCCGCCGGACUCUGAUCAUUCCGGUUCGGUUCGGUUUGCUUCGGUGUCGGCGUGUGUGAUGUAAUCCCGCGGUUUUGAUGUCAUGUUCGUGUCGGUUUGGUACGCGAAGAAGAUGGGCCGAAGAUUCAUCAGCAACGUGCGCAAAGCCAAGAGACAGAGACAGAGACUGACGAUGAACGGGAUGGACGGAGACGUGGAGUAUGAGGAGAUCACACUGGAGAGGGGUAACUCCGGCCUGGGCUUCAGUAUCGCCGGUGGGACUGAUAACCCUCACAUAGGAGAGGAUCCCAGUAUCUUCAUCACUAAGAUCAUCCCAGGAGGAGCCGCGGCGCAGGACGGACGGCUCAGGGUGAACGACAGCAUUCUGUUCGUGAAUGACGUGGAUGUGCGGGAGGUCACUCACAGUUUAGCGGUGGAGGCGCUGAAGGAGGCGGGGCCGAUCGUGCGGCUCUAUGUGCUGCGACACAGACCGCCUGCGGAGAACAUCACAGAGCUGAAGCUCAUCAAGGGCCCUAAAGGUCUGGGCUUCAGCAUCGCGGGCGGCGUGGGGAACCAACACGUCCCCGCAGACAACAGCAUCUACGUCACCAAGAUCAUCGAAGGAGGAGCCGCGCAUAGAGACGGACGACUGCAGAUCGGAGACAAAAUCCUCGCUGUGAAUAAUAUGUAUCUAGAGGACGUGAUGCAUGAAGACGCUGUAGCGGCGCUGAAAAACACAGGAGACGUGGUUUAUCUGAGAGUAGCCAAAACUCUUCAUCAUCAUCAAGACGCCUACAAUCCUCCUGACAUCACCAGCUCGUAUUCUCCUCAUAUGGACAUGUCUGAUUACCCACAAGCCCUCAGUCCCUCGUCUCCGCGCCGUUACUCUCCUAUCCCUAAAGCUCUGCUGCUGGGGGACGAGGACAUUCCCAGGGAGCCGCGGCGUGUGGUCAUUCUCAGGGGUUCCACGGGUUUGGGCUUUAAUAUUGUGGGCGGUGAGGAUGGUGAGGGGAUCUUCAUCUCCUUCAUUCUGGCAGGAGGAGCGGCUGAUCUGAGCGAAGAGCUGAGGAAAGGAGAUCAGAUCCUGAGUGUGAACGGUGUGGAUCUGCGUCACGCGACUCACGAGCAGGCGGCGGCGGCGCUGAAGAGCGCAGGACAAACCGUCACCAUCAUCGCACAGUACAGACCCGAGGAGUACAGCAGGUUUGAGGCGAAGAUUCACGACCUGCGGGAGCAGCUGAUGAACAGCAGUUUAGUUUCUGCAGCGGCGUCAUUACGCAGCGGGAAGAGAAGCUUCUUCAUCAGGGCUCUGUUUGACUACGAUAAGACGGCGGAUGGUGGGUUCCUGUCGCAGGCGCUGAGCUUUAACUUUGGAGACGUUCUGCAGGUGUUUGACUGCAGUGAUGAGGAGUGGUGGCAGGCCGGGAAACUGACUCCACACGGAGAACUGGAGGAGACCGGAUACAUUCCCAGCAAGAGGAGGGUGGAGAGGAAGGAAUGGUCUCGUCUGAAGACGCGAGGCAGAGAAGCCGUCGGCGGACGCAGCGAAUACGUCGUCAGCUAUGAGACGGUGCUUCAGGCUGAAGUGCACUACGCGCGUCCCGUCAUCAUCCUCGGGCCGAGCAAGGACCGCGUCAAUGACGAUCUGCUCUCCGAGUUCCCCGACAAGUUCGGCUCCUGCGUCCCGCACACGACGCGGCCCAAGCGCGAGUACGAGGUGGACAGCCGCGACUAUCACUUCGUGCCGUCACGUGAACAGAUGGAGAAAGACAUUCAGAGUCACCGGUUCAUCGAGGCCGGACAGUACAACAACCACCUGUACGGCACCAGCGUCCAGAGCGUCAGACAGGUGGCAGAACAGCAGGGGAAGCACUGCAUCCUGGAUGUUUCAGCGAAUGCAGUGAGGAGGUUACAGGCCGCCCAAAUUCACCCCAUCGCCAUCUUUAUACGACCCUCAUCCCUGCAGAACAUACUAGACAUUAACAAGCGUCUGACGGAGGAACAGGCCCGAAGAGCUUUAGACAGAGCCGUCAAACUGGAGCAGGACUUCAUCGAGUGUUUCUCAGCGAUCGUGGAGGGUGACAGCUUCGAGGAGAUCUACCACCGCGUGAAGUCUGUGAUCGAGGAACAGUCUGGACCGUAUAUCUGGAUCCCUGCGCGAGAGAGACUGUAAACACACACACACACACACACACGCACGCGUGAGGACUUCCAGCAGGGGCUCAUGGGAGUCUCUAGGAUGAAGCUCGUGCACAGGAUGAUCUUCUGAUUCACACCAACAGCUCGGUACAUAAUGUAAAUAUGCGUCCGUGCGCAUUGGUUUCUAUGGAGUGUGCGGGGAUGCUUACCUCAUUGCCAUGGCAACAGUUCAUCUUGGGGUCAGAAACAGCGACCAAGUGAAAACAUGACAGCACUGUGUGUGUGUGAACUAGCCUUAACGAACGUGUGUGUGUGUGUGUGUGUGUGUGUGUGUGAGUGAGCCACUGCUACUGAUGAGGAUGAAGGUGAUCAUGUGGGUUGUUUCCAUGGCGAUUGUGAGCUCAGUGAGUGUAACAGUGUCUGAGGCAAUAUAGACAUGAGCACUGAGCACUUUACUAACACACACACACACACACACUCUGAGAUGCGUGUGUGUGUGUCUCUCAUUGUGAUGACGUGUCUCUAUAGGGCUACUGUUUACAUAUAAUACACACUUUAAACUGCACAGGGAGAGAAAAGCAUGUGUGUGCAAGAGAGUGUGUGUGUGUGUGUGUGUGUGUGUGUGUGUGUGUGUGUGUGUGUGUGUGUGUG